AUGGAGACAGGCUCUCUGCGGAUUCUAGGCUGCCCGAGAAGCUCCACUUUGGGGGACUCUUCAAGCACCAGUAAGUGGGCAGUGACAAGAUGGUUAAGCCCACAUCCCAGGGAGGCAGGUAAUCGGGAACGUGCAGUGACGGUGGAUGGGUACUUUGAGACCAUCAUUUCUGCCCUGGACGAGCUGGACAUCCCUUUCCGGAAGCCUGGUUGGGUGGUGGGCCUGGGAACCGACGGCUCAGCCAUGCUGAGCUGCAGAGGAGGUCUGGUGGGGAAGUUCCAGGAGGUCCUUCCCCAGCUGCUGCCUGUCCACUGUGUGGCUCACCAGCUACACCUGGCCGUGGUAGAUGCCUGUGGGGGCAUCGACCUGGUGAGGAAGUGUGACCGGCACAUCCGAACCAUCUUCAGAUUCUAUCAGUCUUCCCACAAGAGGCUGAAUGAGCUGCAGGAAGGGGCAGCUCCCCUGGAGCAGGAGAUCAUCCGCCUAAAGGACCUGAACGCCGUCAGGUGGGUGGCCAGCAGGAGGCGCACGCUGAACGCGCUCAUCCUGAGCUGGCCCGCCCUGGCCAGGCAUCUUUACAGUGUGGCGGAGGCCGGAGGCCGGAGCGGGCACAGGGCCAAAGGCAUGCUGAAGCUGAUGAAGAGCUUCCACUUCAUCAAGUUCUGCCAUUUCCUCUUGGACUUCCUGAGCAUCUACAAGCCUUUGUCUGAGGUGUGCCAGAAAGAGCUCGUGCUGAUUACAGAGGUGAACGCCACCCUGGGCCGGGCCUAUGUCGCCCUGGAGACUCUCCGCCGCCAGGCAGGGCCCAAGGAGGAAGAGUUCAAUGCCGGCCUCAAGGAUGGGCAGCUCCAUGGCAUCUUCUUGGACAGGAUGGAGAUGGCAGAACAGCGGUUCCAGGCAGACAGGGAGAGGGUGAUCCUCACUGGGAUCGAGUAUCUCCAGCAAAGGUUUGACACAGACCGUCCCCCGCAGCUCAAGAACAUGGAGGUAUUUGACACCAUGGCCUGGCCAAGUGGGAUUGAACUUGCCAGUUUUGGGAAUGAUGAUAUUCUUGCCCUUGCCAGAUACUUUGAGCUCUCACUCCCCGCAGGAUACAGCGAGGAGGCCCUCCUGGAGGAGUGGUGGAGCCUGAAGGCCAUCGCCCAGAACCUCCCGUUCUCCAUGCUGUGCAAGAACGCCCUGGCCCAGCACUGCCGCUUCCCCCUGCUUAGCAGGCUCCUGGCAGUGGUGGUCUGUGUGCCGGUCUCCUCCUCCUGCUGUGAGCGAGGGUUCAGUGCCAUGAACCGGAUCAGGACCGAUGAGAGGACUAAGCUUUCCAGCGAGGUGAUCAACAUGCUCAUGAUGACAGCCGUGAAUGGGGUGGCAGUCACAGAGUACGACCCCCAGCCUGCCAUCCAGCACUGGUACCUGACCUCCUCGGGCCGGCGUUUCAGCCAUGUCUACACCUGUGCUCAGGUGCCACCCCACUCCCGUGCAAGGGCAGGGCUCAGGAAGGAGAGGAUGGGAGCGCUCUAUACGGAGGAGGCAGUGACCCAGAAGCAGGCCCUCCCAUCCUGCAGGGAACCAGUGGAGCUCCUGAAGGCCUGCAUCGCGGACCCUCCCGACAGACUCCUGUAUGCCCAUGCCAGCCCAGAGGCCCCCAAGCUGUCCUGAUAGAGAGCUCAUGGAGGGGCAGCAGUCCCAGGCUUGUCCUGCUCCUCAUGACCAUGGAGACAGGCUCUCUGCGGAUUCUAGGCUGCCCGAGAAGCUCCACUUUGGGGGACUCUUCAAGCACCAGUAAGUGGGCAGUGACAAGAUGGUUAAGCCCACAUCCCAGGGAGGCAGGUAAUCGGGAACGUGCAGCCUGUUGUACCAAGACUCUAAGCAGAGUGGUGAUUUCACAGCACUUAAAUAUGCAGAAAGGUUCUUAACUCAAGUUCAUUUUUCAGGUGCUUCAGGAAAUAAUCCCAUCAUCAAAGAUUUCACCCCAUGUUUUGGUGGCCAGAGGACUUUCUGAAGUAGGAGAAAAUGUUGGGGGCUGGGGUGUAAAGGAACCCCUUGUCCCCUGGACAGCUGGGAGCUUCUGGGAUCUGUCACCCUGGGAUUGUGGAGCCUUGACUUCAAGUGGGAGACUCAUGUUAGAGACUUUCUUUACCUCCUCCCGGGGCCUCCCUUUGGGAUGAGGCAAGCAAAAUGCCUUUGCACAGAGCGCUCAAGAAAGGAGAUUUGCAGCACCGGACCGCAGAGGAAGCAUCUCCCCGGAGGGAGCCUGCAGCUUCCCGCCAGUCACGGUGCUUGUGCUUCACCUGCAUCGUGCUGAGCCUGGUUUCCUUAGCAGCGGGCAAGACCAGGCCUGUACUUGGAAGGCUUGGGAUCUGGCCCCAGAUCUGCUGCAGGCAGUGGUUCAGCCACAAUUAAUCCUUGCCUCUUUUCUGUGCCUCAGUUUCCCUCUCUGUGCAUGGCAGCAGAGACUCCAAGUGCCUGCUUUCUCCCAGUCUGCCACAGGAUUAAUGAAUGACUGUGCGUCCAGCUCCCUGAAAGAUGGACAUUGGGCUGCACAGAGUGGACUUUACUGCCUUCAGCCCUUGUCCUUGUCCAUCGCCACUGAUGUCCUUAUUGUGGGAAGAGGUGCUCUCUAAACAUGCCAUCAUGUUUGGUCUAGACCACGCUUCCCAAGGUUGCUCUGGGGACCCAACCUAGGAAUCGCUGGGGGGUGCUUACUAAGUAUACUCCACCCCAGACCCUCUUGCUCAGAUUCCCAGGCCUGAGGCUCCAUGACCGGCUGUUUUCACGUGCCCAUUCAAGCUUGAGAAGCAACUACCCUGCAGGCAAAGAGGGCAUCCAGUGCUUCGAGCUUCCCGUGGGCCCUUGCCCUUUUCCCUCCAGGACAGCCUCGUUCUGGUAGGCUCCCAGGCUGCUUGUCCAGCUGGGGUGAUGCAGUGCCUCGGUCCCGCCUUCCUAACCAUUGGAGGAAAACCAGGGGAGGUUAGAGGAAAGGGUCCCUCAGCCCCUGCCUUACAUGUGUGUAGACAGGCAGGAAACAGUGCUCCAUUCUGGCUUUGCUUGCUGCCUGGCUCCUGGCUGUGGUCCCUGCUCAGUGCUGCAAGUCCAAGUGGUCUGGACCUUAACCAGUCUGUCCACUUCCCAUGCCUGAAGGUUCUGGAAGCCCCUGAGGUAUGGCAUCCAGGUGUUUCGCCGUAUGGCAGACUCACUGGUUCCCCGUGUUUCUGACUCCUUCCUGUCACCCCAUCCUCAGCACUCAGCCUUUGUCACUGCUUUCCUGUUUUCUUCAGCUUCCAGCCAGGAAUUCCAUUCUCACUUCUGCCUCUCAUUAUGCAGAAAAAUCUCUCUCCCAACCCCAAAGUCUGGGGUCUGAGGUGUACCACAGGCCUUGGAGCCAGGGUUCCGGCAGCAUUACUGUCCACUUGGCCACCAUUCAUGUAGGUGUCUGUGGGGAUUCUGGAGUCUGCCCUAGGCCAGGGACCAUGACUGAAUUGGUGGGAUGGAAGGGAGGAAGGCCCUUGAGAGUGGGGGAUGUAGCCGGGACCCUAGGGGUAAGCAUUCCGAAUUGAGGCAGCUUUCCUGCAAGCUGUGGCACCUUCUGUCCUUGAAGAAUCCUCAGAGCAAAAGUCUGGUCCAGAGAGCAACACUGUGAGUUCCGCACACACAGCUCCCUACACCAUGGGUCUAGGCCCUGAGGUGGAGCCCAGGUGGGGAUGCACCCUGCCUCCCGACAUCUGUGCCCUGAGGAAGUUGGCUUGCUUGGAAUGGGUGACUGAAAAUGCUGUUUUUCGUAGGGGUUUGCACUCACUACUCAAGUUUCUCAAGGAACUUGGGUCUGCCCCGGCUCCUCUUUGUCAGCUAAAGGCAGAGAGGACAUUUUUUGUAUAGGGCCGUAGGGCUGAGACGCAGUGAGCACGCAUUGCCCAGGCUGCCCUCUGUCUUGUUUCAGACCCCAAGGCCCAGAGAUCCCACAGUUGGAGAGGCUUCUUCUUUUUGCCUUACAAGAGAUCAGGCUGAAGGGUAUAGGGAAUAACUGAAGCAAGCACUGCCUUGGCCAGAGUCCUAGCCGCCUGGUACCUCCACCCUCCUUCCUGCCAGUAGCCUGGCUGCACCACUCACACAUCGCUUGACUGAUGCCCGCAGGGUCUGACUUUCUGAAUAACCAGCAUUAUGGCUGACAGCGCUUUCAGUAGCCAUACAGACCCCGGGGGAGGGGAUGGUCCUCAGCCUCGUCCUAGCCAGACAUGGUAAUGUGCAUCCCCUCCAGACCUUUCGCUCCUCUCUGAACCCCAGGUUGAGUUCCUAGGGUGCUAGGUAUUUAGCAAGACGUGUGAAGAUUGGCCAGUUCCCUCUUCCAGGCAUCUUGAGCCGAGGGCACUGAGUGAUUGGCCCAGGGAUGUCUUCUCUCGUUUCAAAGAUGUUCAAAUAAAGUUUUAAAACCAUG